UCUGCUUAGUUCUGAGGACUGCGUGGGUCCGCGCAGAAAGCUCCUGCUAGGCCUGCGCGUCCCGUUCUAAAUUCUUACCCUUUAGCCCUUGUCACCACCCCCGCCGUGGGAACGGCCUGACAGUCACUCGUCAAAGGAAGUGGCUGCCGGCAGCUCUUGACCCGGAAUCGGAUCCUAGUCCCACCCCCUCCGCUCCAGGCUUCCUUCUGCAACAGGCGUGGGUCACGCUCUCGCUCGGUCUCUUUCUGCCGCCAUCUUGGUUCCGCGUUCCCUGCACAGUAAGUACUUUCUGUGCCGCUACUCUCUAUCCGCAGCCAUCCGCCUUUCUUUCGGGCUAAGCCGCCCCGGGGACUGGGAGUUAAGGAGAGUUGGAGGCUUUACUGGGCCACAGGGUUCCUACUCGCCCCUGGGCCUCCGGACAAAAUGGGGUCUGCGGUUGGUGUCCUGGCAAAAGCAGGGUAGAAGGGCUGCGGGCCGGGCCCAGAAUCCGAGCCUGCAGAGAUGGGAGCAGUUGCAGUGUUGAGGGCGGAAGAGGAGUGCGUCUUGUUUUGGGAACUGCUUCACAGGAUCCAGAAAAGGAAAUGCCCGGCGAAGCCACAGAAACCGUCCCUGCUACAGAGCAGGAGUUGCCGCAGCCCCAGGCUGAGACAGCUGUGCUACCUAUGUCUUCAGCCUUGAGUGUCACUGCUGCCUUAGGGCAGCCUGGACCUACCCUCCCCCCUCCUUGCUCUCCUGCCCCACAACAGUGCCCUCUCUCAGCUGCUAACCAGGCUUCCCCAUUCCCUUCCCCCUCUACUAUUGCCUCGACCCCUUUAGAAGUUCCUUUUCCCCAGUCAUCCUCUGGAACAGCCCUACCUUUGGGAACUGCCCCUGAAGCCCCAACCUUCCUACCAAACCUAAUAGGGCCUCCCAUCUCCCCAGCUGCCUUAGCUCUAGCCUCUCCCAUGAUAGCUCCAACUCUGAAAGGGACCCCUUCCUCUUCAGCUCCCUUAGCUCUGGUUGCCCUGGCUCCCCACUCAGUUCAGAAGAGUUCUGCUUUUCCACCUAACCUUCUUACUUCACCUCCUUCAGUGGCUGUAGCUGAGUCAGGGUCAGUGAUAACUCUGUCGGCUCCCAUUGCUCCCUCAGAACCAAAGACUAAUCUUAAUAAAGUUCCCUCUGAGGUAGUCCCUAAUCCAAAAGGCACCCCCAGCCCUCCAUGUAUAGUCAGUACUGUUCCUUACCACUGUGUGACUCCCAUGGCCUCUAUUCAAUCUGGAGUGGCCUCCCUUCCUCAGACAACACCCACAACUACCCUAGCCAUCGCUUCCCCUCAAGUCAAAGAUACCACCAUUUCCUCAGUUCUGAUUUCUCCACAAAACCCAGGAAGCCUCAGCCUGAAGGGGCCUGUUAGUCCACCUGCUGCCUUAUCUCUUUCAACUCAGUCUCUUCCUGUGGUGACCUCUUCUCAAAAGACUGCAGGUCCCAACACCCCCUCAGAUUUUCCCAUUUCUCUGGGCUCUCAUCUUGCACCUUUACAUCAGAGUUCUUUUGGUUCUGUCCAACUUUUAGGUCAAACAGGUCCUAGUGCUUUGUCAGACCCUACAGUGAAGACCAUUUCUGUAGAUCGUUCUUCCACAGGGGCCUCUUAUCCUUCUCAGAGAUCUGUAAUUCCUCCCCUUCCUUCCAGAAAUGAGGUAGUUCCUGCUACUGUGGAUGCCUUUCCAGUGGUGGCUCCAUCUGUUGACAAAGGUCCCUCUACCAUCUCUAGCAUAACCUGCAGCCCUUCUGGCUCCUUAAAUGUAGCUACCUCUUCAUUAUCUCCUACAACCUCUCUCAUUCUCAAAAGCUCUCCUAAUGCCACUCAUCAUUAUCCUUUAGUGGCCCAAAUGCCCGUUUCUUCUGUUGGAACCACCCCACUUGUGGUGACUAACCCCUGUACAAUUGCUGCAGCACCUACUACUACCUUUGAGGUAGCUACUUGUGUUUCUCCUCCAAUGUCAUCAGGUCCCAUAAGUAACAUAGAACCAACUUCCCCUGCUGCCUUGGUUAUGGCACCUGUGGCUCCCAAAGAGCCUUCUACUCAAGUAGCAACCACUCUGAGGAUACCAGUCUCUCCUCCUCUGCCAGACCCUGAAGACCUCAAAAAUCUCCCCAGUUCAGUAUUGGUUAAAUUUCCAACACAAAAAGACCUCCAAACAGUACCUGCCUCUCCUGAAGGAGCCCCUUUCUCUCCAGCCCAAGCAGGACUCACCACCAAGAAAGACCCUACUAUAUUACCGUUAGUCCAGGCAGCCCCUAAAAAUUCCCCUUCUUUCCAAAGUACAUCCUCUUCUCCAGAGAUACCUCUUUCUCCUGAAGCCACCCUAGCAAAGAAAAGCCUUGGGGAGCCUCUCCCUAUAGGUAAGCCAGCCAGCAGUAUGACCUCCCCUCUGGGUGUUAACUCCUCGGCCUCUGUAAUCAAGACAGAUUCUUAUGCAGGCCCAGACUCUGCUGGUCCGCUUCUCAAAAGUUCUCUCAUUACCCCAACAGUGGCUGCAUUUCCUUUGGAAAGUGCUGACCCUGCCGGGGUGGCUCCCACAACUGCCAAAGGUACCUCAACUUAUACAACUGCAGCCAGCCCUUUUCUAGAAGGAACUGUCUCUUUAGCUCCUGAAAACCACCCAGUUAAGGAAGGUACUCUUACUACUUUACCCGUGGUUCCUACAGCUUCAGAAAAUUGCCCUGUGGCUCCAUCCCCCCAGAAUACCUGUGCUCCUCUGGCUACCUUAGUGCUGGCCCCUGAAAUCCCAAAGUCUGUGCCCUCACCCUCUCUUCCCCCAGCUGGGACUCCUCCAGGUACAAAAAAGGUUGAUGGUAUUUCUCAUACUUCAGCAUUGGCACCUGUUGCUUCCUCUCCCAAAGAGUGCCCAACUGAGGACUCUGGUGCUUCUGCUACUGCAUCUUCCAAAGGAACUCUGACUUACCUAGCUGAUUCCCCAUCUCCUUUAGGGGUUAGUGUGUCUCCUCAGACUAAAAGACCUCCAACCAAGAAGGGUUCUGCUGGCCCUGAUACUCCUGUUGGAAAUCUCUCAUCCCCUGUUUCUCCAGUUGAAGCUUCAUUUCCUCCAGAGAAUAGUCUUUCUUUCCAAGGCUCUAAAGACUCACCAGCCACGAAGCAUUCUCCCACUCCUCCAUCCCCCAAAGGGGCCCCUACUCCCUCAGCUGUGACUCCUUUGUCUCCCAAAGGAGUAACACUACCCCCCAAAGAGACCCCCACUCCUUCAGUGGUGAAUCUGCCCUUCCCCAAAGAGGGUCCAGCUACUCCAGCACCCAAACAGGCUCCCGCUCUAUCCAUGACUUCCUCCCCCAAAAAGGCCCGAGCAACUCCAGCCCCUAAAGGAAUCCCAGCUGCAACUCCUCCCUCCCCUAAAGGAGGCCCAGGUACCCCAUCCCCGAAAUGGGCCCCCACACCCCCAGCUGCAACUCCUCCCUCCCCCAAAGGAGGUCCAGCUACUCCAUCCCCCAAAGGGGCCCCCACACCCCCAGCUGCGACUCCUCCCUCCCCCAAAGGAGGUCCAGCUACUCCAUCCCCCAAAGGGACCCCCACACCCCCAGCUGUGACUCCUCCCUCCCCCAAAGGAAGUCCAGCAGCUACCCCAUUCCCCAAAGGGGCACCCACACCCCCAGCUGCAACUCCUCCCUCCCCCAAAGGAAGUCCAGCUACCCCAUCCCCCAAGGGGGCCCCCACUCCCCCAGCUGCGACUCCUCCCUCCCCAAAAGGAGGUCCAGCUACUCCAUCCCCCAAAGGGGCCCCCACACCCCCAGCUGUGACUCCUCCCUCCCCCAAAGGAAGUCCAGCAGCUACCCCAUUCCCCAAAGGGGCACCCACACCCCCAGCUGCAACUCCUCCCUCCCCCAAAGGAAGUCCAGCAGCUACCCCACUCCCCAAAGGGGCCCCCACAACCCCAGCUGCAACUCUUCCCUCCCCAAAAGGAGGUCUAGCUACCCCACCCCACAAAGGGGCACCCACAACCCCAGCUGCAACUCCUCCCUCCCCAAAAGGAGGUCUAGCUACCCCACCCCCAAAAGGGGCCCCCACAACCCCAGCUGCAACUCCUCCCUCCCCAAAAGGAGGUCUAGCUACCCCAUCCCCCAAAGGGGCCCCCACAACCCCAGCUGCAACUCCUCCCUCCCCAAAAGGAGGCCCAGCUACCCCACCCCCCAAAGGGGCCCCCACUCCCCCAGCUGCAACUCCUCCCUCCCCAAAAGGAGGUCUAGCUACCCCACCCCACAAAGGGGCCCCCAAUCCCGCAGUUGUAACUCCUCCCUCUCCAAAAGGAGGCCCAGCUACCUCACCCCCCAAAGGGGCCCCCACUCCCCCAGCUGCAACUCCUCCCUCCCCAAAAGGAAGCCCAGGUACCCCACCCCCCAAAGGGGCCCCCACUCCCCCAGCUGUAACUCCUCCCUCCCCUAAAGGGACCCCUACUCUCCCAGCUACAACUCCCUCCUCUAAAGGAGGCCCAUCUACUCCAUCCUCCAAAGAGGGCCCCACUCCCCCAGCUGCAACCCCCUCCCACAAAGGAGGUCCCGCUAUGACUCCUCCCUCCCCCAAAAGAGGACCAGCUAUCCCAUCUCCCAAAGGGGACCCCACUUCCCCAGCAGUGAUUCCUCUCUCCCCCAAAAAGGCUCCAGCAACUCCAGUCACCAGAGAAGGCGCAGCCACCCCAUCCAAAGGAGAUCUCACUCCCCCAGCAGUGACUCCUGUCUCCCUCAAAAAGGCCCCAGCAACUUCAGCCCCCAAAGGAGGCCCUGCUACCCCAUCCUCCAAAGGGGAUCCCACCCCCCCAGCAGUGAAUCCUCCUUCCCCCAAGGAGCCCCCAGCCCCCAAACAAGUUGCCACUUCUUCCUCUCCCAAAAAGGCCCCAGCAACUCCAGCCCCCAUGGGGGCCCCCACUCUGCCAGCUGUGAUUCCUUCUUCCCCCAAAGAGGUCCCAGCUACCCCAUCCUCCAGAAGGGACCCCAUUGCCCCAACAGCGACUCUUCUCUCUAAAAAGACCCCAGCAACUCUAGCCCCCAAAGAGGCCCUCAUUCCCCCAGCUAUGACUGUUCCCUCCCCCAAAAAGACCCCAGCAAUUCCAGCCCCCAAAGAAGCCCCAGCUACCCCAUCCUCCAAAGAGGCCUCCAGUCCCCCAGCAGUGACUCCUUCCACUUACAAAGGGGCCCCAUCCCCCAAAGAGCUCCUCAUUCCACCAGCUGUGACUUCUCCCUCCCCCAAAGAGGCACCUACUCCUCCAGCUGUGACUCCUCCAUCCCCCGAAAAGGGCCCAGCAACUCCAGCCCCCAAAGGGACUCCCACUUCCCCACCUGUGACUCCUUCCUCCCUCAAAGACUCCCCUACUUUCCCAGCUUCUGUCACAUGUAAAAUGGGGGCCACUGUUCCUCAAGCAUCUAAAGGGCUUCCAGCAAAGAAAGGCCCCACAGCUCUGAAAGAAGUACUUGUUGCCCCAGCUCCAGAAAGCACGCCAAUCAUCACAGCUCCCACUCGGAAAGGUCCACAGACCAAAAAGAGUUCUGCUACUUCACCUCCUAUAUGCCCAGAUCCCUCAGCUAAGAAUGGUUCUAAAGGACCCCUUUCCACAGUGGCUCCAGCCCCUCUACUCCCUGUUCAGAAAGACUCUUCAAAGACAGCAAAAGGCAAAGAUGCUUCUAAUUCCCCAAAGGGCCCCUUGGCUCCUCCUGAGUCUAAGGCAUCCACCCCUCUAACAGCAGCUGCCUUUGAGAAGGUCCUUCCUAAACCUGAAUCAGCAUCUGUCUCUCCAGCACCCACCCCACCAGUCUCUCUGCCUCUUGCUCCCUCCCCAGUUCCCACUCUGCCUCCUAAACAGCAAUUUCUGCCGUCCUCUCCUGGGCUGGUGUUGGAAUCACCCUCUAAACCCCUUGCCCCUGUUGAUGAGGAUGAGCUGCCGCCUCUGAUUCCCCCGGAACCAAUCUCUGGGGGAGUGCCUUUCCAGUCGAUCCUCGUCAACAUGCCCACCCCUAAAUCUGCUGGAAUCCCUGUCCCAACCCCCUCUGCCAAGCAACCUGUUACGAAGAACAACAAGGGGUCUGGAACAGAAUCUGACAGUGAUGAAUCAGUACCAGAGCUUGAAGAACAGGAUUCCACCCAGGCAACCACACAACAAGCCCAGCUGGCGGCAGCAGCUGAAAUUGAUGAAGAACCAGUCAGUAAAGCAAAACAGAGUCGGAGUGAAAAGAAGGCACGGAAGGCUAUGUCCAAACUGGGUCUUCGGCAGGUUACAGGAGUUACUAGAGUCACUAUCCGGAAAUCUAAGAAUAUCCUCUUUGUCAUCACAAAACCAGAUGUCUACAAGAGCCCUGCUUCAGAUACUUACAUAGUUUUUGGGGAAGCCAAGAUCGAAGAUUUAUCCCAGCAAGCACAACUAGCAGCUGCUGAGAAGUUCAAAGUUCAAGGUGAAGCUGUCUCAAACAUUCAAGAAAACACACAGACUCCAACUGUACAAGAGGAGAGUGAAGAGGAAGAGGUCGAUGAAACAGGUGUAGAAGUUAAGGACAUAGAAUUGGUCAUGUCACAAGCAAAUGUGUCGAGAGCAAAGGCAGUCCGAGCCCUGAAGAACAACAGUAAUGAUAUUGUAAAUGCGAUUAUGGAAUUAACAAUGUAACCAUAUGGAAGCAACUUUUUUUGGUGUCUCAAAGGAGUAACUGCAGCUUGGUUUGAAAUUUGUACUGUUUCUAUCAUAAAUAAAGUUAUGGCUUCUUGUUGGA